GCUCUGACCCCGCGGAGGAGAGGGGGAGGGGUUUCGGUGCUGCGCACUUCCGGUGGAGUGAGAUUACUGAGAGAGGGAUUCCUGCGCAAUGACCCGGCACGGGAAGAACUGUACGGCCGGUGCGGUUUACACCUACUAUGAGAAGAAGAAGGACACAGCUGUCUCUGGAUACGGCACACAGUCACUUCGCCUCAGCAAAGACGCCAUCAAGGACUUCGACUGCUGCUGUCUGUCACUGCAGCCGUGCAAGAAUCCCGUUGUGACACCCGAAGGCUAUUUGUACGAGAAAGAGGCAAUUUUGGAAUAUAUUUUGCACAAGAAAAACGAAAUCAUCAAGCAAGUGAAGGCUUACGAGAAGCAGAAGAACGUGAAGAAGACUGAGAAGGCGGAGUUGGCCAAGGCGGCGAAGGAGAGCAAGGUGGCGGCCUUCCUGGAGAAAGAAUCGACCAUCGUCAGCAAACCGCUGAAUCCCUUCAGCAACAAAGCGGGUGAGCAACAGCCCGGCCCCAGCAAAGAGCCGCCCGCAGCAGUCAAGCCCAGGUCUCUGCCCAGUUUCUGGGUUCCCUCCCUCACCCCGGAGGCCAAGGCAGCCGACAUCAAAAAACCCGACAAGACCGUCUACUGCCCGAUGAGCGGGAAGCCCCUGAGGAUGAAGGACCUGAUCGCAGUCAGGUUCACGCCGGUGGAUGAAAAGCUCGAGCGGAUCCAGUUGAUCACGAAACAGGAGCGUUACGUGUGUGCGGUCACCAGGGACGUCCUGGGCAAUUCCCUGCCCUGUGCUGUGCUCCGACCCUCAGGGGCUGUGGUCACCAUGGACUGUGUGGAGAGGCUGAUCAAACCUGACAUGCUGGAUCCUAUCACUGAGCAGAGGCUGACCGAGAAAGACAUCAUCCAACUGCAGAGGGGCGGAACUGGAUUUGCGGGAUCCGGAGUGAAACUGGAAGCAAAGGAAUCGAGACCCGUGAUGCAAGCGUGACGGACACCCCUCGUCACCCCCACUCGUGGCUGCGGAAACCUGUCCCUGUGGUCAAGGUGGGAUAAAGUUUGUUCAUAUUCUGUCUCCCCCCCCCCCCCCCCAUGCAUUUGAUAUGAUACUGCCUCCUUUUUAGUUGUAAAUAUCUGUGUGUUUAAUAAACGGAUCGCUUUCUGACAUCUUCUA